AUGAAGGAGCUGCAGCUCUACUCCAAGCUCCCUCUGAUGUCUGAGCUCCUCACUCUGUCUAUAAAGGGUUUGAGGACCAUCACUUUAACUUAUCUAUUCACGCUUUUACUCCUGGCCACGUUUAUCUCACAGUCGUGGAGUGCGCCGAAGGGCUCGUUCCAACGGAGAAACUGGACCCCGCAGGCUAUGUUGUACCUGAAGGGCACACAGGGUCGCAGGUUCAUCUCAGAGGACCGAAAAGAAGGAGAUGUCUAUGACACAUUACACUUAGAGACCCGCAGUCAGAACACAGAGAAGCUGAGUGUCGACCAGGCAGCCACCGUCCUGCUCAACUUCCUGCAGCAAGCCAGAGAGGGAGCUGAUGAAAACCCAGACGAGGUGUAUUUCAAGGAGCUGCCGGUGUGGAAGAGAGAAUUCUUCUGA